AUGAAAGCUUCUGCAGAAAAAGAAGAAAAACAGGAUGAAAAACGACCUAAGCCGGUGUUCCAGGAAUCUUCUUCUCUGUAUCCUAAUCUGAUUGACCUGGAAACCGAGUUGUUCCCACCCCCAUACGCGGAUCCACAUCCACCCUUGCUUCCACAGGUUCCACAAGUUUCAUUGGGAGAAGCCCGGAGGAGGGCCAAGCCCUCGGCUCCUCCUAGGGAAGGGGGCCCCACCCAGGGAACUCGGGGAAGAGCAAGGGAAAUGCCCAGCGCAGCGGAAGAAGAAGGCCUGGAAAUUCCCUCCUCCACUGUUCAUGUGUUUCCGGUCUGGGCGGGGCCAGCCAGAGAGGAAUCUAUCCUCUUUACUCACAAUCCCACUUGGGAUGAUUGUCAGCAACUGUUACAGGUACUUUUUACUACAAAAGAGCGUGAACGGAUCCUGUCAGAAGCCCGGAAAAAUGUGCCAGGGGUGGAUGGGAGGUCCACAAUACAGCCUCACCUCAUUGAAGAGGGGUUCCCCUUGGCAGAUGAGUCUCGAGCAGCAGUUAUGCUAGCAUUUGUGAAUCAGGCAGCCCCCGAUAUUAGGAGAAAGUUACAAAAGAUAGAGAGGCUGGGUGAACAGUCCCUGCAAGAUCUAGGAGCAACCGGGACUAAGCAAUAUGGGUGGACUACAAAACGGCAUGUGAACUUGGGGACCCACCAAGUGACCCAUUCUUUUCUGGUGAUACCGGAGUGUCCAGCGCCCUUGCUGGGAAGAGAUUUACUGUCUAAAGUAAAUGCCCAAAUUCAUUUUGACCAUGGGCAAGUGUCAGUUUUAGAUGGAAUCGGGCGUCCUCUUCAGGUCUUGUCUCUGGCAUUAAAGGAUGAAUACAGACUGUACUUGCCAGAGGCCCCAGUGACAAUAAAUCCCGAAGUACAGCCAUGGGUUCGGAGAUACCCCCAGGCCUGGGCUGCAACAGCAGGAAUGGGACUGGCCAAACAGAGGCCCCCUAUUAUUGUGGAACUGAAAGCCAGUGCCACACCGGUGAGAGUGCGGCAGUAUCCCAUGAGUCAAGAGGCUCGGCAAGGAAUUACUCCUCACAUACAAUGCCUCAUAGACGCUGGGGUCUUGAGAAAGUGCCGGUUCCCAUGGAACACUCCCCUGCUUCCUGUAAAGAAGCCUGGGGGAACUGAUUUUAGACCGGUUCAAGACCUGCGAGAAGUCAACAAAUGGGUGAGUGACAUUCAUCCUACGGUUCCUAACCCUUAUACAUUGCUAAGCAGCUUGCCACCAAGCUACGUUUGGUAUACUGUUUCAGAUUUAAAAGAUGCCUUUUUCAGUCUGCCUCUUGCCCUUGCAAGCCAAGAGAUCUUCGCCUUCGAAUGGCAGGAAGAUGGUGGUCAGACUCUUGUGCAGCUGACGUGGACUCGCUUACCACAGGGUUUCAAAAACUCACCCACGUUGUUUAACGAGGCCUUGGAUGAAGACCUCCGUGAGCAUCGGGUUGAACACCCUACCAUUGUUUUAUUACAAUAUGUUGAUGACCUUAUGCUGGCAGCGACUAUGGAAAAAGAGUGCCAAGAGGCAACAGGUGAUCUUCUCCAAACCUUGGGGACUUUAGGUUACAGGGCCAGUGCCAAAAAGGCCCAGAUUGCCAAGCAAGAGGUUACAUACCUCGGUUAUAAGAUAAAACAGGGCCAGAGGUGGCUAACACAGGCUAUGAAAGAAACCAUCCUCCAGAUCCCUGAGCCGGCUAACCCUAGACAAGUGAGAGAAUUUCUGGGAACUGUGGGAUAUUGCCGAUUAUGGAUCUUGGGGUUUGCAGAAAAGGCCAGGCCCCUGUAUGAAGGGACCAAAGAAAACAAAGACUGGAAAUGGACUGAAUCAAUGAAAACGGCCUUUCAGGAGCUCAGGCGUGCCUUGCUGGAAGCUCCUGCCCUUGCCCUUCCUGACCUAUCUAAGCCUUUCCAAUUAUUUAUAGAUGAAAGGCGAGGGAUAGGAAAAGGGGUACUAACACAGAAGUGGGGACCUUGGAAGCGUCCCAUAGCUUACCUUUCCAAGAAAUUGGACCCAGUGGCAGCCGGAAGGCCACCUUGCCUCCGAAUCAUCGCGGCCACCGUGCUCCUAGUCCAUGAUGCUGAUAAACUGACUUAUGGACAGAGACUCUUGGUCUACACUCCUCAUGCUAUAGAGAGAGUUCUGAAACAACCCCUGGGUAAAUGGAUUUCCAAUGCCCACUUGACACACUACCAGGCCCUGCUACUUGACACCUCACGGAUUCAUUUUCAAAUGCCCUACACUCUAAACCCGGCUACUCUUUUGCCCAAUCCGGAGGGGGAUAGCCCCCUCCACGAUUGUGAUGAGAUACUGGCCGGGGUAAUGGCAAUAUGGAAGGACUUAACAGAUAUGCCACUGGAUAACACUGAGCUAAUAUGGUUUACAGAUGGAAGCAGUUAUGUAAAAGAUGGACAGAGACGGGCGGGGGCCGCAGUGGUAGAUGAUUCUGGAUGGACUAUAUGGGCGGAGACUCUUCCCCCAGACACCUCAGCACAAAGAGCAGAGUUAACUGCCCUGAUUCAAGCAUUAGAGAGAGCUAAAGGAAAAAGAAUAACUAUUUUUACUGACAGUCGCUAUGCUUUUGACACGGUACACAUCCAGGGCCCGAUAUAUCAGGAACGGGGGUUUUUGACAGCUGAAGGAAAAGAGAUUAAAAACUUGCCAGAAAUCUGUCGACUUCUGGAGGCUGUGCAGUUGCCUCGGGCUGUGUCAAUAAUACAUAUACCUGGACAUCAAAAAGGGGACAGCCCCACGGCACGAGGAAGUCGUGCCGCAGAUCUGGCAGCUUGAAAAGCGGCUAAUGAAGAUUUUAUCGCUCCGGAACGUCCCAACCUCCAACAAGGAGAGGAUGGAUGGUACCGAGACUCCGAUGGUUCCUUGAUACUCCCUGCUCAGUUGGGAUGGCAACUGUGUGAGCAUCUACACUCGUCUACUCAUCUGGGAGAGAAAAAGACUCUGAUGCUUUUUCAAACUGUGCACCUGCGAUUCCCCCGGCACCGAACAACUGUGAAGAACAUAGUACAUGCUUGUAAGGCAUGUCAACAGAUGAGGCCAGGAAAGAGGCAACACGCAGGACUGAGGUAUCGGGGAGAAGGGCCAGGGCAGCACUGAGAAAUCGAUUUCACCGAGGUGAGGCCAGGCAAGUAUGAUUACCGGUACUUGUUAGUGUUGGUAGAUACCUUCUCAGGGUGGGUAGAAGCUUUUCCUACUAAGGGAGAAACUGCAAUGGUAGUGGCUAAAAAGAUUUUAGAAGAAAUAGUUCCCAGGUUUGGCCUGCCGGUGACUAUUGGCUCUGAUAAUGGACCUGCUUUUGUGAGCCAAAUAGUUCAGAACCUUGCCCGGGCUCUAGGGACCAUAUGGAAAUUACAUUGUGAAUACAGCCCACAGAGCUCGGGGCAAGUUGAAAGAAUGAAUCGGACCCUAAAAGAAACUUUAACUAAAUUGGCUAUAGAGACUGGCGGGGACUGGGUGACUCUCCUUCCCUUUGCCCUCUUUCGCGCACGUAAUACUCCUUAUCAGCUUAAUCUGACCCCAUUUGAAAUUCUGUAUGGGCGACCUUCCCCUGUAUGUCCAAUAUUUGAAGGAAAGAAACUUCCACCUCCUACUUUGGGACAAUUCCAGGAGGCUUUGAUGGCUUUGGGCAAAGUGCAUUCUCGCGUCUGGAAACUGCUCCGGGAAAUACAUGAGGGUCAAAACAAGGGGACUAUCCCCUCACAUAACAUCAGCCCUGGAGAUUGGGUGUGGGUCAAAAGGCACCAUACCAAGGCACUAGAACCUAAAUGGAAGGGUCCUUAUGUUGUUCUUCUUACCACCCCAACUGCCCUAAAGGUCGACGGUAUCGGGCCUUGGGUGCAUUGCAACCACAUACGCCCAGCUACUUCAGCAGAGACCUGUACCUCCGUACUCCGAUUGGGAAAAGGAUCAUAA